AUGGAUGCCGGAGCAGAAGUUGACGUGGAUCGGCCGGUGGAUGACGAUUCAUCGGCGGCAGAACCUGGGUCGAAUCAAGACACCGGCGGAAGAUCGGAGACGUCGUCGUUGAACCAGGGGGAUAUUUUGAGAACCCUUGCUACGGUCGAGAAGGAUUCGCAGGCAAUCGCGGAGAGCUUUUCGUCUCUCUUUGUUUCCCUCCGAUCGACUCUCUCUGAGGCUACUGGUAGCUCAGUUGAUCACAUGAGUUGCUUUGGAGAUGCAGCAGGACGGCUUCAAGUAACCGCUCUAGAUGCAGCUACUAAAGGGAACCGAUACAUCAACUCUUGCCUCAGAUUAAACGAGGAAAUUAAAGGCGUUGAGAACUUGGCGGCUCGGUUAAAGCACCUGAGGAGAAAUGUAGAUGUUCUUGACACGGCUGUGAACAAACUUCUUCGGCCUCCAUGA